CUUGAAAUUAAAGAUGGUUUAAAGUAUGCAACUAAUCUUAUAAACUAUGCCAAAGCUCUAAACACGUUCGUUACUAGAAAAGACAAAUAUAAAAACAAAUUAAGGUUAAUACAACUUGAAAUAUCUAAAGCAAAAAACUCAUUAAUCAAUAAUAAAGAUAUUUUAAUUUUAGAUCCAAUUUCAAAUAAUACUGCAACCAGGUGGAAUUCCACAUAUCUCUUAUUAAGUCAGCUAUUUAUACUCUAUGAAGCAAUAAAAAAGCUUCAAGAAGAUCUUGCAAAAGAUAAAAAAAAAGAUGUUAGAAAUAAUGCUAAAAUACUUGAAAAGUUACUUCUUAAUAAUAAUGAUUUGCUAGAAAUCCAGAA